GUUGUUUCAGCCCCGGUGGAGCCCCGCCGCCGCCGCGCAGGCCCCGCCCACCUAGGGCCGACUCAAGAGCCCCGCCCCCUCCAGCUCCGCCCCCUCGCGGGGGUUUCAAGUUCUGGUUCCCGCCAUCUCUGGCUCCACCAGCUGCGGCCUUCAGCCGACUUGCGCCACUCGAGCAAUGAGGAAAUGGGAGUCAAGGCUGAAGCAGAUUGAAGAACGGGCAUCUCACUAUGAGAGGAAGCCACUGUCCUCCGUGUACAGACCAAGGCUGGCCAAGCCAGAAGAACCAUCCUCCAUUUGGAAGCUAUUUCAUCGUCAGAGUCAAGCUUUUAAUUUUGUUAAAAGCUGUAAAGAGAAUGUUCACGUAUUUGCUUUGGAGUGCAAAAUGGGAAAUGGACAACGUAUUUACCUUGUAACAUCCUAUGCUCAACUUUGGUUUUACUAUAAGACCCGGAAAACCCUCUUACACUGCUAUGAAGUUAUUCCUGAGAAUGCUGUGUGCAAGCUUUAUUUUGAUUUAGAGUUUAACAAGUUGGCCAAUCCAGGAGCUGAUGGGAAGAAGAUGGUUGCAUUGCUCAUACAGCAUGUCUGUAAAUCACUUGAGGAGUCUUACAAUGUUCACUGCUCAGCUGAAGAUGUUUUCAACCUGGAUUCCAGCACCGAAGAAAAAUUUAGCCGACACCUAAUAUUUCAGCUCCAUGAUGUGGCAUUUAAAGAUAAUAGUCAUGUUGGUAAUUUUGUGAGAAAAAUUUUGCAGCCUGCUCUUCACUUAAUUGCCAAGGAUGAUGAAGAUAAACUCCCAGAGGCAGUGGGCCAUGAAGCCUCCUGGUUUUCUGUUACACUGUUAAAAGAGAUUUCAGAGGCCUGGGAGAAGCUGGAGUUGCCUAACCAGUGUGACCCUGAUCUUUCAUUUUUAGUUGUGAAAAAUCACAUAGGAGAAAAAUGUCUUUUUGUGGAUCUAGGAGUGUAUACAAAAAACAGAAACUUUCGACUGUAUCAAUCAUCCAAAAUAGGAAAGUGUGUAUCUUUGGAGGUUGCUGAAGAUAACAGAUUUAUUCCAAAACAGUCAGGAGAUAUUUCUGAGGAAAACCAAUAUUUCCUGUCUUCCCUGGUGAGCAACGUCAGAUUCUCAGACACUUUGCGAAUUCUCACAUGCGACCCAUCUCAGACUAAAAGAAAGCGGGCUAAGUAUUUUAACAGUACUGGCACUCCAGUGGGAUCCAUUGAAGGCUUCCAGGGUUCACCAUAUCCUGAGGUUGACAGAUUUGUUCUUUCUUUGGUGAACAAACAUGACAUUAAAGGAGGAAUUCGGCGUUGGAACUACUUUUUCCCAGAAGAAUUACUGGUUUAUGAUAUAUGUAAAUAUCGAUGGUGUGAAAACAUUGGAAGAGCUCACAAGAGUAAUAAUAUCAUGAUUCUGGUUGAUCUGAAAAAUGAAAUUUGGUAUCAGAAAUGCCAUGACCCUGUAUGUAAAGCACAAAACUUCAAAUCUACCUGUUUUCCAUUACCUGCUGAAGUAAGUCUCCUAUUUCUUCUGAAAGAUGAAGAAGAUCUCACUUCUGGAGGAACAGAGGGAACCAGCAACUCGCUGACCGAGGAUCCCCCAAAGCCGCCAGCCUGCAUCUGGUCGGCAGGCGGGCUUUCUGCUGCUGACUGCGAUGAUGAAGAUGAUGCUUUCUUCUUAGAAGCUACAGAAGAUGCUGAAUUUGUCGAUGCUGCAGAUAAGAGUCUUCUUGGUCCAAUGGAUGAUAUUCCUGAUGAACUAAUUAUAGAAGCUUUACAGAAUACCUGACUGUGGAUAGAACACACAUAACGAGGCUACAAUUUGCCUGAAGCCUGAGAUUUGAUAACAUAAAUGUUAAAUUAGUGCUGGGACUAUAGCCCAGUGUUAGGCCCUGCAUUUAACAUUAUACAAAAAUCAAAUUAUAUUAACUUAUUAUUAAACCUCUUUAUAG